CGAAAUAAGUUUUGUAAAAAAAAAUCGCCAAAAAUGAAACUUACACCCUAGGGAUUUUUGCUUAUCUUAUUCAGCAUACUAGAAAGCACCUAAAAACGAUUUCGAACAGUAUUCAAAGUUUGACUAAGUAGACUUUGUAAGAAGAUUUCCAUGUGUGUGAUUUUUUCCUAUAUAACCUAUGCGAAAUAAGUUUUGUAAAAAAAUCGCCAAAAAUGAAACUUACACCCUAGGGAUUUUUGCUUAUCUUAUUCAGCAUACUAGAAAGCACCUAAAAACGAUUUCGAACAGUAUUCAAAGUUUGACUAAGUAGACUUUGUAAGAAGAUUUCCAUGUGUGUGAUUUUCUCCUAUAUAACUUAUGCGAAAUAAGUUUUGAAAAAAAAAAUCGCCAAAAAUGAAACUUACACCCUAGGGAUUUUUGCUUAUCUUAUUCAGCAUACUAGAAAGCACCUAAAAACGAUUUCGAACAAUAUUCAAAGUUUGACUAAGUAGACUUUGUAAGAAGAUUCCCAUGUGUGUGAUUUUCUCCUAUAUAACCUAUGCGAAAUAAGUUUUGUAAAAAAAAUCGCCAAAAAUGAAACUUACACCCUAGGGAUUUUUGCUUAUCUUAUUCAGCAUACUAGAAAGCACCUAAAAACGAUUUCGAACAGUAUUCAAAGUUUGACUAAGUAGACUUUGUAAGAAGAUUUCCAUGUGUGUGAUUUUCUCCUAUAUAACUUAUGCGAAAUAAGUUUUGUAAAAAAAAAUCGCCAAAAAUGAAACUUACACCCUAGGGAUUUUUGCUUAUCUUAUUCAGCAUACUAGAAAGCACCUAAAAACGAUUUCGAACAGUAUUCAAAGUUUGACUAAGUAGACUUUGUAAGAAGAUUUCCAUGUGUGUGAUUUUCUCCUAUAUAACCUAUGCGAAAUAAGUUUUGUAAAAAAAAUCGCCAAAAAUGAAACUUACACCCUAGGGAUUUUUGCUUAUCUUAUUCAGCAUACUAGAAAGCACCUAAAAACGAUUUCGAACAGUAUUCAAAGUUUGACUAAGUAGACUUUGUAAGAAGAUUUCCAUGUGUGUGAUUUUCUCCUAUAUAACCUAUGCGAAAUAAGUUUUGUAAAAAAAAAUCGCCAAAAAUGAAACUUACACCCUAGGGAUUUUUGCUUAUCUUAUUCAGCAUACUAGAAAGCACCUAAAAACGAUUUCGAACAGUAUUCAAAGUUUGACUAAGUAGACUUUGUAAGAAGAUUUCCAUGUGUGUGAUUUUCUCCUAUAUAACUUAUGCGAAAUAAGUUUUGUAAAAAAAAAUCGCCAAAAAUGAAACUUACACCCUAGGGAUUUUUGCUUAUCUUAUUCAGCAUACUAGAAAGCACCUAAAAACGAUUUCGAACAAUAUUCAAAGUUUGACUAAGUAGACUUUGUAAGAAGAUUCCCAUGUGUGUGAUUUUCUCCUAUAUAACCUAUGCGAAAUAAGUUUUGUAAAAAAAAUCGCCAAAAAUGAAACUUACACCCUAGGGAUUUUUGCUUAUCUUAUUCAGCAUACUAGAAAGCACCUAAAAACGAUUUCGAACAGUAUUCAAAGUUUGACUAAGUAGACUUUGUAAGAAGAUUUCCAUGUGUGUGAUUUUCUCCUAUAUAACCUAUGCGAAAUAAGUUUUGUAAAAAAAAUCGCCAAAAAUGAAACUUACACUCUAGGGAUUUUUGCUUAUCUUAUUCAGCAUACUAGAAAGCACCUCAAAACGAUUUCGAACAGUAUUCAAAGUUUGACUAAGUAGACUUUGUAAGAAGAUUUCCAUGUGUGUGAUUUUCUCCUAUAUAACCUAUGCGAAAUAAGUUUUGUAAAAAAAAAUCGCCAAAAAUGAAACUUACACCCUAGGGAUUUUUGCUUAUCUUAUUCAGCAUACUAGAAAGCACCUCAAAACGAUUUCGAACAGUAUUCAAAGUUUGACUAAGUAGACUUUGUAAGAAGAUUUCCAUGUGUGUGAUUUUCUCCUAUACUGCCCCACUCGCAUAACAGUCCCAUAUGAAUAGAAAACCCAGCAAAGAUGGGACUAUCAUGCGAGUGGGGGCAGUAUAUAACCUAUGCGAAAUAAGUUUUGUAUAAAAUGCCAAAAAAUCGCCAACUAAAUUAAAAAGGUUGCAACUCUUUGAUGCACUCAUGGAAAACCUCGCUGUGUUUCGCUUCAUAAAACAUUUUAUAAUUUCCCAUACAAAAAUAGUUAAGUGGGCAGGGAAAAAAUCCCUUCUGCUACCCACUUCCUUAGAUCCACAAACUCCCCUAAGAUCUCAUCCUUCCUUUAGACUGCUGCAAAACUGAUGAUUUGUGUCUUACCUCUAUUUAAAUUCAAUUUUCUUCAGAUUUUGAUUCAUUUGCAGCAAUUUCCGUUCAAAAUUUUGGUGCCUAGCUUCUUAAUUGCAUUUUGGUGCCUGGUGGAAAUAUUUCAACUUUAUUUUGGUGCCUGGCUUAGUACCUGACACGACACAUAGAUGGCGCUGCUUUCGGUAAAGUGAAGCACAAUUUUUUUUUUGGUGCCUGGAUUUUGGUGCCUAGCUUAACGCAAGUGCAUUUUGGAUGUUUUGAUUUUGUUGCACAAAAAUGCAUUUUUUGUUGUGCUUUUGCCGGUCGGUGCUCUAAAAUAGUUCACUAUUUUUUUUAAAUUUUAAGAUUCCUUGUGUAUUAGAUUCAAAAUAUUGAUUUGUAAGAGCUACUUCACAACUGGCUAAGUUCACACAAUGCAAUAAGUAACAAAAAUGUCACAUUUCAUUGCGGAAAUCGAUGGCUUUCAGGAACACCAAAAGGACAUAUUGCUGCAAGUUUUAAACUCAAAACGAUUACUAAUUGAUCAUGUCGAAAUACUAGAAGAUUGCUUCGAGCAAAUCACGCAGACUGGAUCACAUUCAUACUUCUCCGCAGGAAAGCUAGCCGCUUUGGGAUCGAUUCCCAUCGGAUGUUAUUUUCUUCCUGCCAACACUAAAUGGCUUUAUUCGGUUUCCACAUUGAUUGCCGCUUAUGGUGCAUGCUGUGGCAUAAAAUGCCUCAAUAAAUAUCGAUACCAACGGCAGCGGAAGCAGCUGGCACAUUUUGUCGACUCGUUGGAACAGUUUGAAAUGGCUGUGAAGAAAAAUCUUCUCUUCCUGAACGAAAGUCAACACCUUCGAGGUGUGCAAGAUUCCCUGGAUAAAUCCGGAUUCGAAAUGGAUUCGUUCGUCGGCAACUGUGCAAGCUGCUGCAUUGAGACCGUCAAGUUGAUUCACUCUGCUGUGAAGCGAUUGGAGAGGGAAUGUCCGCUGACGGAACGGUGGAAUAGCUUGUACGCGCCAAUUGAGUCACUGGAAGAUUGUGAGCUGUUCUCCGAGGGUGCCGUUGAAAACGCAAGAAGUUCCCGAGCGAUAAAGGACUACUACAACGUAUUCGCGUACAUGCAAUCUCAGUUCCUAACACGACUCGUCCUUUCCAUCGCUUGUGGCCUAUCGAACUUAGACCGGUGCAACCUUCCGGAACUAAGUUCAAAGCUGAAUGAUCAAAAAUCUCUCUGUUUAUCACCACUUACUGCAAUACUGGACACUAACCGAAAACGUGCUCCCCGAGUUGCGGUUAAGUCGCUUCCACCCGAACUGACUCAUCUGCGAACACUGUCGUUGAGUUUGUCCGCCAAGCUCUACAGUACCGUCUAUCGGUAUAAUGAAAUCGAAAGGGUUUUAGAUGAAACAGUAUCGGGUCUGGUGGAUAACAAGGAAGUAGGUCAGUUACAAGACCUAGCCGUAUCAAUGGAAGACGUAAUGAACGAGCUCAGUGCUUCCACCGAAGAAUGUCAACGACUGUUAAUCACAAUGAAGAAACUGACCAAUAAGGAUGACAAUGAAAGUCAGCUUGAAAUUGAUGCUAGAUUCACAGAAAACUCAGAGCAUCCAUUAGAUAUGCCUCCUGGUGCAGAUCGAGUCUAUUGCGAGCAGGACAAACCCUGUAUCAAAGAUGAGUUCUUCGCUGUGGAUGGGACCGAACACGAUUGCCUGGCAGAAGACGACCGACGAUCGGUGCCAACUAUCGAUGAUCUGGAAAGUAUCAACUCAAAAAUCGUUAAACGACAUUUUAAGCCAGUUUUGGUGCAGCUGCGGGAGCGGAUCGAACCCAUUGGUGUUGAGUUUAAACAACGGGAAAGGCAGGCGUUAAAGGACAAGGGAAUCGAAAUGGUUGACUCGGAUGAGGAGGCCAGCGACGAUGAAGGCAGCUUGGACCAAGUACCUGUAAAGAGGACGGUUUACGGUAGCGACUCGGAAGACGACCAAGAGGAAGAUCAGCGCAAUGCAAUGAAGUUCGAGAAAAGUGUUCAGCGGUACGAUGAUGUUCGAGGGUUUCUGGCUGCUAAGGAGCAGAUUAAUAUUUUCGGGUUGAAACCUAUGGUAAGUUUGGUUGACGAAGAUGUGCUUGAAUGAUAGGGAGAUGUAGAACAUCGAGAUACAAAAUGUUCACUAUAUUACAUCAAAAGUUUAUUUUAAA